AAUGUGAUUUGUUUUUGAAAAUGCGACAGCAAGCGAUGGCGGAGGACAAAAGCAUUUCCGACGGUGAAAAAAGCAAAGAAUCCAGUCCCCCGGCACCGGCAGUCAGGAAGAAGCCCAAGGGAGUCCUCUCCCGCGUUUGGAGCGCAAUCUUCAGAAACGACAGGGACAAUUUUGAGAAGAGGCUUAAACAUAUUACCAAGGAAGAGACUGCUGUUCUCGCGCGAAUGAAUAGAAGAUCCCAGGUUUGGAGGGGAAUAGUUAGGCAUCUCAUUGUAUUUUCCGUCGUUUUGGAGGUUAUCGUGGUUGCUUAUGCCACCAUGACAACAAGAUCCAUGGAUUUAAAUUGGAAGAAGAGGGCAUUAAGGGUUUUGCCAAUGUUCCUUUUGCCUGCUGUUUCUUCCAUCGUUUACUCUACAUUUGCAAGCAUCACAAAGAUUCGUGAUGAGAGGGACAGGAAAACUCUAGAAAGACUUCGUGCUGAAAGGCAAGCAAAAAUUGAUGAACUUAAGGAGAAGACAAAUUAUUACAUUACGCAACAGCUUAUUCAGAGAUAUGAUCCAGAUCCAGCAGCAAAGGCUGCUGCUGCAACUGUCCUUGCAUCUAAGUUGGGUGCAGAUUCGGGUCUGAAAUUCUAUGUUGAAGAUGAAUCUAAGCCUAAUGUCCUAGGUGGUAGGAGUAACAAUAUUGAGGUAGUACCAUCAAGUGGACUUCGAAAAAGAAAGCAAAUCAGACCCCACAGUACGGUAUGCAGUCCUUUGGUUCAUUCUGAUGAUGAAUCAACACCUCAUUCUCCUGCAGGGAAUGAGGCUCCUUGGGCAUCUGAGCAAGGUCAAGUAGUCGUUAAUCAUCAGUCUCCACAGGGACCUGUUCAGGAUGGGGGAUGGCUAGCUCGUUUAGCGGCCUUGCUUGUGGGGGAAGAUCCAACACAAUCAUAUGCACUUAUAUGUGGCAAUUGCUGCAUGCACAACGGACUUGCCAAGAAGGAGGAUUUCCCUUAUAUAACGUAUUACUGCCCACACUGUCGUGCCCUCAAUAAGCCAAAACAACCGGUGAAGCAAAUUUGUAGAUCUAGCUCCCUUCCGACUAACCUCUUGAACCCAAAAGGAGCUGACGAUGCAGUAGGAAAUUCCAGUGAUAACAUGGAUGAGGGUGCACUCACAAAUUACGGCCUUGUGAGGACUAGUUCCGAGAUCGAGGAAGUGGCCCAAAAGUUACUGUCGGGAGCUCCGGUUGCAUAAAAUGCAUACCCACACGGGGCAAUGAAAUUUAUUAAGGUGUUCUCUCUUUUGAUCUCAUUUUUGGCCUGUAGGCUGUAGGUAAUGUAUGGGAACUUUUGAUCUCUGGGUUUUUUGCAGUGGUUUUGGUUCUUUUGUUUGACAAAAACAUUGAGAUGUCUUACUAGGAACUUAUGAUUAAUACACAUGUUGAUAUAGAUGAUUGAUAUGAUUUGUUGGGU